AUGGAGUCUAGCCAAGUGGAAAAAUACUUUAACUUGCAAACCGGUGGUCUGGCGAUAUUGAGUGAAGGGGAAAUCGAACUUGGAGACUUCAAGUGCAAGGCGCUUGGUGCUUCACUUUUCCAUUUUUGUUUCAGCAAAGAAAACUACACUGCCAAUAGCCCAUAUGGUGCUAACUUGAUUCAGCUGUUCAAUCUUCUGUAUACAGAAGUUCCUCCUACUGGAUUUGGCCUUGGAUCAACUGGUGAAGGCCAAAACCAAGCGAAUGGGCUAGCCCUAUGUCGUGGGGAUGUCUCAAGCCAAGAUUGCAAGACUUGUGUCGUUGAAGCAAGCAAAGAGCUUGGUGAGCGCUGCCCUAGUAGAAAAGGAGCCAUAAUAUGGUACGACAACUGCCUGUUCAAGUACUCAAAUGUGAAUUUUGCUGGGAAAGUUGAUAACAACAACAGGUUUUAUAUGUGGAAUGUCCAAGAAGUAGAUGAUCCCAAGCCAUUCAAUGCAAAAGUUAAGGAAUUGUUAAGCGGGUUAUCUACUAAAGCUUCUUCUAAUCCAAAGUUUUAUGCUACUGGUGAGCUAGAGCUCAGUUCAUCGGAAACGCUAUAUGGUUUGACUCAAUGCACGAGGGACCUCUCUAGUUCUGAUUGUAAGAAGUGUCUUGAUGGUGCAAUAAGCAAAUUACCAAAUUGUUGUGAUGCGAAACGAGGUGGGCGUGUUGUGGGUGGGAGUUGUAACUUUCGAUAUGAACUUUACCCCAUUGUUCAUCCUUAA